AAAGCUGUUGAGACCACUGCUGAUCGGGUAAUAGUAAUAGACUAUCUGAAGCACCACUACGAUACAAAGGGCGCAACCUCAGGAGCGAAAAAGGGACAAGCCGGACUAUCGCAGAAAAGAUUCUUUGGAAAAACAGACGCUCCUGUAGACGGCACGGCGAAGCGCGCCUACGAUUAUCCUGGAACCGGACCAUCUAGUAUCAUCCCAAACUUGAGCAGUGGCAGUGGCACAGUCUCUGAAGUCGACGAAAAAGGGAAACACGCAGACAGUACCCAAGAACAACACGUGACGUCAACUGCAACAAAUGGUGACGGCGUGCCAGGAGGAAACAAAAUCGUCCUGACUCUUGGAACCUCUGACGCCAAACAGACAGCAACAGGCCAAACGCAGACGGUCCGCUUCUCGGGCGUCGGUGGUGGUGACGUACCUGCUCCUCGCUUCACGACGUCCCAAAAUCGUUCGUCAGCCGCUCCACGUGCAACUCUGACAGCGCAGAGAGCGCCUAGUGAAAUUCAGCAGCGGGUGGAAUUUUCUCCAGGAUUGCGCGAGCGACUGCAGUCGCUGCUUCGGCCGAUCGUGCAAGGGCGCAGUGGGGAGAUCAAGCCUGUGCUUGACACUGAGAACACGAAGCUGAUUCAGAACUUCCUCAAGUUACUUCGCCAAGAGAUGUCGCUCAAACUGUCCGAUAAUAAGAUCAAGGGACUAGGUAAAGUGCUCGGAUCUCGCGUAUUGCGCGCCCUGGACCGGGAGCUGUCUGCCGAAGAAGAGCGGCAGCAAUUGAUGGUUGAGCAAGGUAUUGAUUCGAUUUUGGAAGAACUCUCCACGGGCAUACACAUCCUGCUGCCGAAGCGGCACUCGUCUGUAUCUCCGUCAAAACCUCCAGCUGGAGGGGAGCCCGUUGCUAGUGACGCAGCCGUGACUCCUCCAGACGAGACUGUGCGGCCGCGUGCGAGAAGCCUCGCUGACUUGUAUUAUCAGACUCAGAUUAAUGAAGACGUCGAUACUACGGGAGUUCCGGCUGAAAAGGUCGGACUAAGAGGACGAAAUACGCUGAAAUCCAGCAUGUACGCGUUUCUUCUGUCGGAGAUCAACGCAGUAAGAGAUGUAAUCGACAACAGCGUUUCAAACGCAGAGCAGAGGCAGCGAGCGUUGAACCUUUUCUCGGAGCUCGAGAACCACGUACAACACGCAAGCAGCGCCGAAGUGUUCUCGACGUCCGGCGCAGCUGCGACCGCAGAUGCUACAGCACAGAACAGCGACCACACACGGUUGACCAUGAGGCCAACGAUUGUAGAGUUCGAACGGCAGCGACUGGAGGCACUGGCCCAGGAGCGAGGUGGUGGACGAGAAAAAAACACACCAGUUGGCGAACAAGAGCCGCAACAACAGAAAGAAGCAGAUCACUCCAAGGUACAGGACAUCGAGGUCGAAAAAUCCAAAUUGACGAUGGAGGUGUCCUUUUUGCGAACGGAGUUGGACCUCGCGAUUGCCCGCCUUCGCGAGGUGGAGACGCAGCACGUGGAGCUUCGCGCACAGGAGGAGCGAAAGCGAUUGAAAAUGCAGGAAAUGACAAAGAAUGCGCGCCAGCUCGUUCACCGGCACACUGUUACGCUGAAGUUGCUUGACCGUGGCGUUUUCGGGGAACAGGCGGGCGGACUCGACCUGCGUCGGUGCUUCGAGCUCCGCGCGUUGAGUCCCUACGAGGUGUUCCGGGGUAUCGCCCUCGCGAUGGAGAGCGUGGUCAUGGGUCUGCUUCUCAGUGCUGGCGCGCGCGUUGGAUUGAUGCGAACGAUGUCGCAAUACACGGAUCCAGUGGCAGCGCGUUUGCAUUUUCUGAACAAGAUUCUGCACGACCAAAAACCGACGUUGGGUGCUACCUUAAAGAUAAACCUGCUAAAAAAGUUACAGGGCCUCUUCCUUGGUAACCACGGGGACAAAUUCUUCGGAGAGGAAAACAACUUCUUGAAAUUUGAAAAGAACGGAGAAGGUGGUGACGACGUCAUGGACACGGACUCGCGGAUUUGUGAACUCCUGCAGCAGGAGCUCCUGGGGAAUAGCUUUGAGAUUUUGGCAGUCGAAGCGUUAGCGACGUCGCCCGCGCUGCAGCGUGCACAUGCACGUAUGCGGUCACUGUGCUAUGAGGAACCAUUCGCGACCGACGAUUCUGGUGCCGGUGGCAAAGAGAGCGUGCGUAGGCGACACGAGACUCCAGCGCGGCUGCUUCUUUGGGGAGACGGAACAGUCCUCGAAAUGACAAGUGCCUGGACCCACACUAUUGAAAGCGGA